AUGUCAACCGUCCUAUCUACGCUUCAGAAUGGGGGCCUGCACGGCCUCCUGGCAGCCAUCGGAUCACUAGCGACGUGGAAAACCCUGGCUUUGAUUCUGGCCAUUAUUAACCUCAAGAACCUCCCAUUUGUGUGGCAUCUCCGCCUGCUGUACCAUUUCUUGGUCAACCUUCGCUUGAAGCCCAGUGCUCCUUUCUUUCCCAAGGGCAAGGCUAUUGUGGAUUCACAGGGCAAACCCACACAUCCAGUCUUCGUGUCAUGGGGGAUCACGUCCCGAACUCCGUUACUGGAGACGGACUAUAACAUGCACAAAUCCAACAGCACCUACUUCACAGACCUGGAUGUGUCACGUACGGCACUCGUGAGCCGUCUGUAUAGCCCCGGCGUCGGCCUCGUGAGCAAGGAGCUGGACAGGGAGUUCCUGGAAGCUGCUAGAAAGGAGGGCAAGCGUGCACCUAAGCGCAAGCCGAUCAUUAUCGUGCUUGGAUCUGUAUAUUGCAGCUUCAAGCGAGAGAUCAAGCCCUUUGAGCUGUAUGAGGUGCAUUCAAAGGUCAUCUCUUGGGAUAAGAAAUGGAUGUACAUCCUAUCCUCUUUCCUGCGUCCCGCCAGCCGAGCCGGUGGCGAGAAGACCUUGCUGGCGACGGCGGUGAGCAAGUACGUUGUGAAGAAAGGGCGAUUGACGGUUGCGCCGGAGCGUAUCCUCCGUCUAGGUGGUUUUCUGCCCACGCCGCCCGUCGAAAACCAGACUAUCAGUGGCGCUGACUCGUCAACCGAAGCUUCUGCCAUCGGCACUCCCGCCAGUGGUGAAGGGAUCACUGCUACUGGAGGAGUGGAUGGUUCUCUUGUGCAGGAGGUCCUGAAGUUGAGUGAUGGUCAGAUUCCUAGUCGCGAAGCUCUCGAGGAGCAGCAGAAGGCUAACUCGGACUCAUGGAGCGCCGAGGAAUGGACGUGGGAGCGCAUCGAGCAGGAACGGUUGCGCGGGUUGGCGGUCGUUGAUGGAUAUAUCAACUUGGAUGAGCAGUUAAAUGGGCAGUGGGCAUAA